UUAUAUAAGCGCAAAUGGAACAUUAUCUUUAUCAUACCUCAAUUUAUUUGGCUAUUUCUAUUCGAAACUCAGUCCAACUUUGGCUCCGAAAGUAAUCACGCGUGCCCACCUCCUUUAAUCUUAAAUUCGGCUAAAAUGAAACAGUUUUAGAAUCAUUAAAAUAUAGUGAAUAGGUAAAAUUAAAACAGUGAUUAUGGGAGCGAGCAAGAAAAAAUCUAGUGAUCCCUUGCGGAUACAGAUCGGUGGUAUAGAUGGUCGGCAAAAGAAGUCUCUGAAUCGAGUUACAACCACUAAAUAUAAUUGGUUAACUUUCCUGCCUCUCAAUUUUUAUGAGCAGUUCAGGAGAGCUGUUUAUUUCUAUUUCUUGAUCAUCACAAUUGUGUCUUUCUUCGUAAAUGAAACAAUAUCGCCGCUUGUGUCGCUGCUUCCCCUGCUUUUUGUCAUGAUAAUCACGGCUUUGAAGGAGGGAUUGGAAGACUUUUCGAGAUCGAAAAGUGAUAAACUUGUAAACACAGCUAGAGUUAUUGUCAUUCGAAAUGGAAAGGAAGAAGUUAUUUAUUCGGAAUUCAUUGUUCCCGGCGAUCUUGUGGUUGUGAAAAAUGGGGGAGAUGUUCCCUGCGAUCUCGUUUUGCUGAAAUCCUCGAGUGCAGAUCGAAAAUGCUUUGUGAACACGGCAAAUUUGGAUGGUGAGACCAAUUUGAAAACCAUUUCCGUUCCACCGAACUACACACUUUCCAACGAGGAUGGAAAUUCUGGCAAGGAUUGCGUUGUUUGCGAGGCUUCCACCUCUGAUCUCUACAAUUUCAAUGGGAGACUCGAAACCGAAGGAGGCGGAAAUGGAGAUGCUGUUCCCCUGACCAUUGAGAACCUUCUGCUCCGAGGAGUUCGGGUUAAGGGCACCGAUCGGGUUAUAGGGUGUGCCAUAUACACAGGUAUGCACACCAAGUUGCAGUUGAAUAGCCGCUACACUGGAAAUAAAUCCGCUUCGAGUGAGAAGUAUAUCAACAGGUUCAUGGUGGCACUCAUCGUUGGAAUGAUCGUCGUUGUCGUGGUUUUGUAUCUCAUUGAAAGACACAAGGAGGCAAAGAUUGUGCCAACCAUGCCCUUUUUGGGUCCGCCAACCAACUUCAAUUCCGCCUGGCAAAUCUUCGAGGACUUCCUCUCGUUCCUGCUGCUCUUCAACUACAUGGUGCCCAUUUCAGCGUAUAUGAACAUCGAGUUGUAUCGCAUUUUCGGAAUGCACUUCAUGCACAAUGACUUGAGUUUGUACGACGAGGAGACCGAUCAACCUUGUCGAGUUAAUGCAUCCAAUUUGAACGAGGAAUUGGGCCAGGUUAACAUACUUUUCUCGGAUAAAACUGGUACACUCACCAAAAACCUGAUGAAAUUUGUUAAUUGCUAUGUGGAAGAUAAAGAUUUCACUUUGCAAAAUACCCAUUUACUUUGCGAGGCAACUGGUGAACAAUUUGAAUUGGAAAAACUUGAUAGUGAAGCCAAUAUAUUUUUUGAGGCACUGACUGUUUGUCACACUGUGGAGAUCCUUCAGGAUUUGGGUGAAAAGCCUUUGGAAUCGGCAGAAUCCUUUUCGGAAAGGAGUCACUUGAUGGGCAAGAAGAUUGUUGAUAGAUAUCAGGCAUCCAGUCCGGAUGAGAAGGCUCUUCUCGAAGGAUGCGCCAGCUUGGGACUCGUUUACGAGGGCCAGGAUAACGAUGUCCUUCGCCUUUGUCGAUAUCCAAGUGGUGAGAAACUGCAGUUCGAGCGGCUGCAUGUUUUGGAAUUCAGUUCGGAGCGACAGAGGAUGAGUGUGAUCUUGAGAGAUCAGAGUGGCACCACCUGGCUUUAUUCCAAGGGAGCGGAGAGCGCCAUCUUUCCGAGGUGCAAGGAGAGUCCCCGCCUGAAGGUGAUCGAUGAGCAGAUAAUGAAGUACGCGAAGAAGGGUCUCCGCACAAUGGCCGUGGCGCGACGAACUUUGACCCCCGAGGAGUUGGCCAACUUUGAAGGACUCUUCAGGAAUGCCAACACCCAGCUAAACAAUCGAAACGAGCUGAUCAGGGAGUGCUACGAAACGGUAGAGAUUGGUCUCGACCUGCUGGGUGCCACGGCUUUGGAGGAUGCACUGCAAGAAAACGUGGGUGAGACUCUGGAGGCUCUCCAAACCGCUGGACUGAAGAUUUGGGUUCUCACCGGCGACAAAGUGGAAACUGCAUACAACAUUGGACUCGCUUGCCGGCAUAUUCCUUCCGGAUCGAAACAGCACUUCAUUGUGAACGUGACCGAUCCAAAGGAGCUCCUCACGCGACUGGAGGAGAUUGACGCCGACAAUCCAGAGGUUCUCGUGGUGGAUGGCAUCACAAUUACCGCUCUGCUAAAGGAAACUCCUCGUCAGUUUGCCGAUUUGGCUUUGAAGUGUCGAGCGGUUCUCUGCUGUCGAUUGAGUCCAUUGCAAAAGUGCGAGAUUGUUACAUUGAUCAAGAAGACGAAGAAGUAUAUAACCGCUGCCAUUGGCGAUGGGGCCAACGAUGUGUCCAUGAUCCAGGAGGCACACAUCGGAAUUGGAAUCACGGGUCGCGAGGGAAAACAGGCUGCCAGGUGCGCCGAUUUCGCCAUCGCUCGAUUCGAAAUGCUGCAACGACUGCUCCUCGUCCACGGACACUACAACUCGCAUCGUUUGGCGUUCCUGGUGCUCUUCUACUGCUACAAGAACAUCAUCAUCACCGGGUGCAUGGCCCUCUUCCAGGUCUACGAUCUCUUCUCCGCCACCAACGUCUACAACUCGCUGUACCUCUGGCUCUUCGACAUCGUCUACAUCUCGUUCAGCUUCACCUAUCUGGCCAUUUCCGACAAGGACUACAGCGAGGAGACCCUGCUCAGGCAUCCGGAGCUGUACAAGCGAUUCGCGCACAAUCGGCAGGCAUCGAUGGGGGUUUUCUGUCUGUGGAUCCUCAACGGGUUUGUCCAGUGCUUCAUCAUCUUCUACUUCACCUACGCGGUUCUCAACGAUGCCAAUGUGCUCUUCAACGGAGGCCAACCUGCCAGUUUCCAGACCUUCGGAACCAUGCUGAUAACCAUCAUUGUGAUUGUGGGCAACCUGAAGUUGCUACUGGUGGGUCGCUACAUGACCUACUUGAAUAUCGCCAUGAUCUUUGCUUCGAUUGUCGCCUUCAUGCUGACCACGUACCUCUACAAUCUGGACUCGAGUGGCGAGCUGUACGAUGUCUACAAUCAGUUCCUGGCUUCACUUCCUCUGUGGCUCUUCACCAUCAUCUGCUCGGCAGCUUGUCUGCUGCCCGAUUUCAUCAUCAAGGUGGUGAAUGAUGUGUUCAGAAAGGUUCCGCCCACCAGCAAGUUGGUGGUGUAAAUAAAUAAUAAAAUCAACUAUGAUCAUAAUAC